UGUGGUUGCCACCGGGUACCACGUUUUAUCUAACCCCCGCGUUGACGGUUUUGGAUCAGUGUGUGCGGUGCUGCUCAGUUGUCCGCACGGUUUCAGACACGGCUGGCAGUUGUGUUUGCGUUUAUAUUGGCUUUUGCACUUCUAUUUCGAGAACAACGGGUUGCAGCUGCCAUCGUCUGCACCGCUCAGCAGCGCCUCAAACUGUCUCGAGCCAAGUCAUAUCUUGUCCCUCUUGCUUUAACACAGCAGGGUACCAGGUUUGGCAGUUGCAAUAACUUCUUCUUUUUCUCUCCCUCGUCUUUGCCUUUCCAUUCAUGGCACUGACUGCCAUGAUGGAUGGCCCAGCGACACUAUCCGUGGCAUCUCGGUUUGAGAUUCACCAAAAGGUGGGCGCCGGUGCCACUGCCGUCGUGUACAAAGCCUUUGACCAUGAACUGCAACAAGAUGUGGCCCUGAAGGUGAUCAACAAGAGCCAACAUGAUUUUGGCAGCGAAAUUCGUGCCAUGGCACGCAUGCGCCAGGUUCCACACGUAUGCCCCCUUUUGGACACGAGCAGCAUCGACGGCAAGCCUGCCAUGGUGUUGCCCUUGGCCAAGGGAACCCUUUUUGACUUUAUCAAACCCACUGCCGCAGAAGACGUGUCCAUUGCCUCUGCCCACCGUUGGAUGCGACAACUGGUGGCUGCUGCCCGUGGUGUCGCAGAGGCUGGCUUUGUUCACGGUGACAUCAAGCCAGAGAAUUGCCUGAUCACGGAAAGCGGCGACCUCCUCCUGCAUGACUUUGGCAACAUCCAGCCCGUUGGACACGUUCCCCAGACCAUCCGCGUCCCAGGAACUCAGUUCUACAUGGCCCCUGAGAUGCUGGUGCGAGACAGCUUUGAUGUGGCACAGGACGUUUGGGCCAUCGGUUUGACCUGGUAUGCCGUCCUCUUUGCCGAUCUCCCUUGGAACAAGGCCUGUAUUCACGACAUCGACUACAUGCGCUAUGUGCGCACUCAUGCUCUGCCGGGCCCUACCAUGGAUCUGCUCAGUGACGAGCUUGUCGAUCUGCUCGAACGCAUGCUGCAUCCUACCCGAUCCAGUCGCGCCACCCUCGAUGAGAACUUUAUGCUCAUUUUAUCUACUACACUGUUGACCCAGCGCUAGCGCACAAACGUCUGUGACUGUUGUGUCGCACAUUGCCUGAUGAGUUCUCUUUUUUGUUGCUUUUGCGUGAGACGCGUUGCUCAUGUACAAUUCAUCAUUGAAAAC